AUGAAUACUUCAUUUAAAAAGAACAAAUCGCAAGUCAGUGUGAAUUAUCAAGUGACUUCGCCGAGAUUUUCGGUUCGGAAUAUCGAUGAACUUCAACAGGGUGUCAAGCAUUUGACAGAUCGUGGCUAUGCUGUAUUCAGUGACAUUCUAACAAGGGAAGAAAUCAGCGAUAGUAUAGAUUUGUUCUGGAAACAUUUGGAACAUCUGCCAAAACCGUGCAGUAUCCGACGUGACGAUUCGAAAACAUGGAAUAAAAACUGGCCUGGAUUGAAUGAACUUGGUAUAAUAAAUGAUUAUGGGAUGGGUCAAUCAGAAUUCAUGUGGUUUGUCCGCGGGAAUCCAAAUGUGAAGAAGGUUUUUUCUGAGAUAUGGAACUCGGAUGAAUUAUUCGUAUCUUUCGAUGGUGCUGGAUGUUUUCGUGAUUGGCACUUAAAUCCAGAUUGGAAAACCGACAGUGGUUGGUACCAUUGUGAUCAAAAUCCGUUUCAGAAACCUCAACGAUGUUCUGUUCAAGGCUUAGUUGCUUUAACCGAUAAUGAUGAAUCAACAGGUGGUCUUGUUAUUGUACCUGGUUCACAUGAACGCUUUGUCGAUUUACAAUUUACGGUCGAUGAAAGAGCUGUGUGGGGUGAUUAUGUUAACAUUCCAUCAGAAUUAGCCGCACAAAUACAUCCAAUUCUGGUGAAAUGCAAAGCCGGCGAUUUAGUUGUCUGGGAUUCUCGCUGUGUUCAUUGUAAUACGCCGAGUUUAGUGGAUAAACAAGACGACAAAUCAGCAACAGACAAUCAACUAUUACGUAUUGUGGCCUAUAUUUGCAUGAGUCCAUUGAGUUUAUUCGAGCCUGAUGGCGUUCGAUUCGAAAGUCUGGAAGAAUUUCGUGAAUCAAGGGAAGAUUUCGUUCGAAAUAGAGUUACAUGUUCACAUUGGCCGUUGGAGUUAGUCACAGCAGAUCGACCAUCGCAUAUGGAGAAAGUUCCGCUGAAACUCAAUGCGUAUCAAAAGUCACUCAUUGUUGGUACUCACAUCACUCCUGAAAAUGGAACUGAAGAAAUCGUCUUUUAA